AGCCCUUUGCCUGUUACACGGCGCCGAGAAGGCGGCCGGAAGUGCUUGCGGUUGUGAUGGCGCCGGAGAAGCCUUUGCGCCUGUUGGCCUGUGGAGAUGUGGAAGGAAAAUUUGGAGUUUUAUAUUCCAGGGUUCAAGCUGUUCAGAAGAAAAGUGGAGCAUUUGAUUUCCUUGUAUGUGUGGGAAACUUUUUUGGCUCUGCUCAAGAUUCAGAAUGGAAAGAUUAUCAAACGGGAGCAAAAAAAGCUCCUAUACAGACAUACGUGUUGGGUGCCAAUAAUGAUGAAACAGUGCGUUGUUUUCCUGAUGUCAGCGGAUGUGAACUAGCUGAGAACAUCACUUAUCUAGGACGCAAAGGUGUCUUCAGUGGAGCUUCAGGACUUCAGAUUGCUUAUCUCAGUGGAAUUGAAUCCACAGAAGAUCCAGCUCCUGCACAUUGUUUUAGUACUAAGGAUGUGAUUGAUCUCAAGACUUCCUUGCAAUCAACCUCAAAAUUCAAAGGUGUGGACAUCUUGCUCACCUCUUGUUGGCCCAAGGGGGUAGAGGCCUUUGGCAACAGCUCAGGAGAUGUGAACUCUAUGAAACAUGGUUCAGGAUUAGUAUCUUUACUGGCUGCAAGUUUAAAGCCCAGAUACCAUUUUGCUGGUCUCCAGAAAGUCAAUUAUGAAAGGCUUCCUUAUAGAAACCAUGCUGUUCUUCAAGAAACUGCACAACAUGUCAGCAGAUUCAUCGCCCUGGCCAAUGUUGGCAACACUGAUAAAAGAAAGUAUCUCUACGCGUUCAGCAUUCUUCCAAUGAAUUUGGUGGAUCCUGCAGAACUCAUCAAGCAGCCCCAAGAUACCACCGAGAACCCAUACCGAAAGCCUGGGGAUGGAGAAAAUUUUGCAUAUCAGUUACCAGAUGCAAAGGAGGAGCCUGCUAGCCAAUUUUUUUUCGAUUUAAGCAACAAGUCUAAAGGAAAGAAACGAUCUAUGAAAGGUGAAGAGAGACGUCCACCUAAGCGGUCGCCUUUCAAACCCCCAUUGCCGACAGCCGCCUGCUGGUUUUGCCUUGCCAGCCCAGAUGUUGAGAAGCAUUUAGUGGUGACCAUUGGCACUCAUUGCUAUCUUGCCCUUGCCAAAGGGGGCUUGUCACCUGAUCAUGUCCUUAUUUUGCCCAUUGGACACUAUCAGUCAAUGGUCGAGCUUGGUUCAGAAGCAGUGGAAGAAUUUGAACAGUACAAGUCUGUGCUGAAAAAAUUCUUCAAAGCCAAAGGGAAAAGGUGUGUGAUUUAUGAAAGAAAUUAUAGGAGCCAACACCUCCAGCUCCAGGUUGUUCCUGUACCCCAGGCCUGUUGUGUUACUGAAGACAUUAAGGAAGCCUUCAUAAGUCAAGCAGAGGAACGUCACAUUGAGUUGUUAGAGAUACCAGAACAUUCAGCUCUCAAACAAAUAAUUCAGCCAGGGACACCGUAUUUCUAUGUUGAGCUUGAUAAUGGAGAGAAACUCUUCCAUCGUAUUAGCAAAAACUUUCCCUUGCAGUUUGGAAGGGAGGUGCUGGCCAGUGAGGCCAUCCUUGGCAUGCCUGAGCGGGCAGACUGGAGAAGCUGCCAGACAGGACGGGAUGAAGAAAUUGCUGCAGUCCAAGACUUCCGUCAAGCCUUUGAGCCCUUUGAUUUUGCCCAGUCGGAUUGAGUAUCUGAAAGGAAGUGGGAAAGCUCUCUUGAAGAACAGCUUUUCUUUGAAGCUUCCUGUCAAGCCACAGGGAUUUUGCAGGGGUUGGAGUUCACUUUUCCUGCUGGCUAGGACAUGAAGGAAUGCCUUUUAUUUGUAAGGAAUCAGUGUUGUACUGAAGAUUAUUUAUUUAUGAAGUCUUGCUUGUCUACAGGUUGGGCCUCAUUUUGUCUGCACUUAUUGGCCUGUGGCUUCCAGAAGGCCUUCAGAAGAGGCACUCCUAAAAAGUUUUCUUUUGCAGUUGACCCCUCUGUUCCAGCCAGUGAGUUUAAGAGCUACGAAUCCUCCUAGACUGGGGAAGUAGUUUAAAUCCUCUGAUAUUGGAGGUAGAUUUGCAGUUCGCAUCACACAGUACCCCAAAUCACUGCUAUCUAGGUCAUGCACUAAAAGAAAAGAAUACAAUCUUUGAAAGCAGUGGAAGCCUCAAUCCUCUGCUGUAUAAAUAGAGGAGGUGGUGAGAAGCUAGUGCUGGUUGCAAGCUGAUUGUACAAAAGGAGAAACAUGCCCAGGCCAGGUGCAUGUUAACUCUGUUUUAGGAAAAUACGGGAAGUCAGAUGUGCAAUGCAGAUAAGCAAUCACUGCUUUCUGUCCAGCUCUUAGUUUCGCUGUAAGGUGGUUGGGUUUUUAAAUAACUAUAUACAGUAUAUUGAGAGAGAGAGAGAGACUACUGGCUUAAUGAACAGUCUUGGAGAAUGGUUAAAAUAUAGUUUGCUCAAAUGAAUAUUUUUAAUGAGAAUGUGUGUUUUUUUAUAUGUGAACAGCAGAUAAAAUAUCUUUCUAUCAACUGUUGACUAGCGUUAUUAGCUGGGAAUAAAGUCAUCUAUAUGAGCUCAGUUAAAAUUUUAAACGUCUUACUUUUGAGAAAGCGAUUAUAUGAUUUCUGAGGAAAUUAUAAGAUUGUAUACCGUAUUAGAGUAAUAGAGUCAUAUGGAGUCUGUUUCUUAUGGCUUAUGUUGAAUUUCUCAAUUUGACAUAUUGGGCUUUUAAUUUACUUACAUCUUUCUUAAUUUUUAAUUUUUUAAAUAAUGUCCUUGGACACCCUAUUCAGCCUGGGCCGUAGGAAUCCAAAUUAAAGUUUCUUUAAUAAAUGGCGAUGUGGACAAACACUUCUCUGUAAUUAAUUGGUUUCACUGUUGGACUGUUCCUACUGUUAGAGCAUUUUGCUAACAUUCAGGCAAAAUGGACCUAUAGGCAUUGGGGGUGAUAUGGUCACAUUUCAAUUGAGAUAGAAGUUAAAAUGAUUACUUACUGGUCGUCUCUGUUUUAAUACAUGGCUACAAGAGGUGAGCUUUGCACAAGAGUUUUGAACUAUAGUGCUGGAAGAAACAUACAGGCAGUCCUCAACUUAUAAUAGUUCAUUUAGUGACCAUUUGAAGUUACAACAGCAUUAGGUGACCAGAUGGAGUACAAAAUAGGAUGUUACCGGGUUGUACCUCUAAUAAUUGUGUAAUGCAACAAAAAAACAGGACAGUUUGGAGAACUUCUAACCAUAGAGACACCAAAGGUCUCUACAAUUUACUAGGAUAUAAUAUACAACAUCCUUCCAGGAACUUGAAGAAUGUUAUCAUAUUUCUCCUUUGCUUGCCUUUUCCUGAGAUUAUUUAAUUCCUAUUUAACUCAUAGUUUUGAGUUCCCAGUCAUUCUUGUUGCCCUUCUUUGUAUCUUCCAGUUUAUUUGAAUCCUUACAGUGUGGUGUCUAAACCUGGGAACAAUAUUUAAGGUGGGGUCCGAUAAGAGUAGAAUAAGAGAGAAUUACUUUCUGUUCUUUAUUUGCAGCAGGGAAAAAACAACUGUACAGUUUGUUGCAAUAAUAGUCAAAUGUGGCAUUGUUAUAAAAACCUUAUAUCCAACCUCAUGUAGAUACCUGCAUCACACAGGGUGCAAUAGCAGGGCAUCAACAGAUCCCACAAAUCAGGAAAUUGUCUGCUCAUUGUUGAUGUUGUCAUACCAAAGGAAUAAAUUCUGUACAUGUUG